AUUUGUAUUGCAAAAAGUAAUGUCUGGAAUCAUUGCUCAGCCGGGUAGUAUUAAGAAAGUUGCUGCCGCUGCGUUUUUCAAGCUGCGAUCCUCUGGCUUUGACAAGGAGGAGUGCAAGGAAUGCCUGAAAUCCUUGUCAGAUGAUCUGGAAAGCUACGUGGAGUGGCUAAAUAAGAGCAUGGAACAGAAGCUGAAGGAGAUUGAGUAUUAUGUAAUGACACAGAAAAAGCAGAAAGCGCUUGAUAACAUUAAUUAUCGUAUGAGAGGUGAGAACACUCUUGCUAUGAUCGAGGUGCUGAAUCCCAUGGUCGAAAAAGUGCGCAAAGCUUACAAGUCUGUUCUGAAGGAAGAUAAGGUUCCCGAUGACGUGAAGGUGGAACUGACUACGAUUAUGUACCUCGUGGACAAGCUGAACAUCGCGAACUGGCUCAAGCUGAAGAAGCAGCUGCUUCUGAAGUACGGAAACGACUGGAUGGAGAAGGUGGAGAGCAAGAAGAAGAACGUGGAUGCGCAGAUCCUCGAGUUCGAGUCGUUCAAGCCGAAAGAGAAGAACGUCCGUGACAAGUACAAGGAAUACGAAGAUGCCUGGAAGCUGAAGCUGAAGAAGGAGGAGGAGGAGCUGGACAUCGAGGAGCUGGACGAGGACGUGGCGACGGAGUCGGACACGCAGAUCCGCGAUGUGCACAAUCUGGAUGACAUCGAUAGCGACGAUCUCUCGCCGAUCGCGUUGAAGAAGUUCGAGAAGAAGUCGCUGAAGAAGGAAGGAGCGAGCUCGUCUUCGUCGUCUUCGUCUUCUUCUAGUUCGGAUUCGGAUUCGGAUUCGGAUUCGGACUCGGAUUCGGACUCGGAUGGAAAGAAGAAGAAGAAGGGCAAGGCUUUGGCGAAGAAGGCUGCGAAGAAGGAGGAAUCGAGCUCGGAGUCCAGUUCCGAUUCGGAGUCGGAGAAGGAGGAGAAGAAGAAGAAGGAAGAGAAGAAGAAGGAGGAGUCGAGCUCCGAUUCUUCUGAUUCUGAUUCCGAUUCUUCCGAUUCCGAGUCUGAGAAGGAAGAAGAGAAGAAGAAGAAGGAAGAGGAGGAGAAAAAGAAGAAGGAAGAGUCGAGCUCCGAUUCCUCGGAUUCCGAUUCCGAUUCCGAUUCAUCGUCCAGCUCGGAUUCCGACUCGGAGCCGAAAAAGAAGGAGGCGUCUUCUUCGGAUUCAUCGUCCAGCUCGGAUUCGGAUUCGGAUUCGGAUUCGGACUCAGACUAA